AUGCAAAUGGCCAUGGCCGCGUGGUCGUCAAGCAGCUCUGUAGCCCUCUUGCUGUUAUUAGCUGCAUCACUUGCGCUGGCCAUGCCGCCGCCGUGCAGGGCGCAGCAGGAGUUGCCGGAGGACUACUAUGUGUACCCACACAACGCGACGAGGGCCCUCGUGGGCGUGCCGGCGGUGACAUGGAACGCCACGGUGGCGGAGUACGCGCAGAGCUACGCGGCGGAGCUGAUCAAAGACGGCGGCUGCGAGCUCCAGUCCUCGGGCACCAUACUCUACGGGGAGAACAUGUACUUCAGCUCCGACGCCGGCUCGACGGCGGCCGACGCCGUGGCGUCGUGGGCGUCGGAGGAGCAGUGGUACGACCACGACACCAACAGCUGCUCGGCGCCGGAGGGGAACACGUGCGGCCACUACACGCAGGUGGUGUGGCUCAACUCGACGGACAUCGGCUGCGCCACCGUCGUCUGCGACGGCGGCCGCGGCGUCAUCAUCACCUGCAACUACUGGCGGCGAGGAAACGUGGCCGGCGAAUCCCCGUACUAA